AGUAGAAAAGAAGUGGAGUACAUAUUACCACUCUUUGAAAUUGAGUCUUACCAAAAAGGAAGUUUCUCUCUCUUUUUCUCACAGGAAAAAAGGGGAAGAAGAAGAAGAAAGAAGAAGAAUCCAUGGAGUUUCUCUCACUACACCACACCAGAAAUGGAGAUAAGUAAAAAGGGACAAAACCCACAUUACCAUUAUUAUUACCAAUGGGUAAAGUAGAGGAAGAGCAUCAACUACCCAUUUCAUCAGUAGGUGCAAACAGUACAGAACAAAAUGUAGAGAAUAGGUGUGGAAGAUUCAGUGGUUGGGUUAAGUUUAGAUGUGUACUUGCUUUGCUGUUUGGUGGAGCUGUAUUGCUGUCUGCUGUGUUCUUAUUGCCAAUUUUUCAUAAUGGAGAUCUUGGGGAUCUAGAUCUAGACCCCAAGUUUAGAGGUCAUGACAUAGUAGCCAGUUUCAUGCUUGAGAAGCCAGUUUCUUUGAUGGAGGAUUAUAUCGUGCAACUUGAGGAUGAUAUUUUUGAUGAAAUAAGUGUUUCCAACACUAAAGUGGAAAUAAUAUCAUUAGAAAAUGUAGCUGGAUCAAACAUAACAAGGGUUGUCUUUGCUGUUGAUUCUGAUUUGAAAAAUAUGAGGAUCUCUCCAACUGCUCUGAGUUUAGUCAGAUCCGAGAUUGAAACUGUAAUUACUCACCAGUCAUUUCUGCACCUGACGCCAUCUUUGUUUGGGGAUCCUUUUUCUUUCGAUGUGCUGAAACUCAGAGGAGGGAUUACAGUGAUCCCUAAACAAAGUGUAUUCCUUAUGCAAAAUGUGCAGAUCCAAUUCAACUUCACAUUGAACUCCUCUAUUGAUGAAAUUCAAGAUAAAUUUGAUGAGCUAACAAGCCAGCUGAAAUCAGGGGUACAUCUUGCAUCAUACGAGAACUUAUAUAUCAAGCUGACUAAUACAAGGGGUUCGACGGUGGAUCCUCCCACUAUUAUUCAGUGUCAAGUUUAUUUAGCAGUUGGGAUUCCUUCCAAUUCUAGGUUGAAGCAGUUGGCUCAGACCAUUGGUUCUAAUUCUAAAAACCUUGGCCUGAAUAACACUGUAUUUGGGAAGGUUAAACAAGUUAGCCUGUCUUCUAUUUUAAAACAUUCUCUUGGUGGUAAUGGCGGUAGUCCUACACCUUCUCCAGCUCCUCAACCUUAUCACCACCAUCAUCACCAUCACCACCAUAGCCAUCACCAUCACCAAGGUCCAAGUGUUGCUCCUGCAAUUUCACCUGCUCCGAGGGCUGAGAAAGGUGGAUCAGUUAGCCGGAAAGUUUCACCAGUAUCUGCACCAGUGCUUGCACCUGCCCCUGUACAUCCAACUCACAAACGUCAUACGGCCCAACCUCCUUGUCAUUUUGGGAGAUACCCAAGGAAGGCAAAGAGUCAUCCUCCUGCGCCAGCUCCUGUUCGAGCACCAGUCCCUGCACCUCACAUUGCUCCCUCUCCACAUCAACAAAUACAUGCUCCAACUCCUGUCUUGCAUAAAAUCCCUGUAUCAAGCCCAUUGCCCCAUGUAGUGUAUGCUCAUGCACAGCCUCCUCCAAGGACACCUUCAGUUGCAGAGCCUCCGCAGAGAACACCUUCCGUUUCAAACUUGACAUCUUCAUCUUCACCAGGUAUCUUUUCUUCAAACUUGUGGGUGCUCCUGCUGUUUCUACUUCUUGUACCGCGUAUAUAGCUGCAGAAUGAAGGAUUUUCCUUCCUCUAGUCACCGAAAUCUGCCUCCAGUAUGAAAAUGAGUUCCAGGUAUCGUCUCAUGCAAGGCCGAGGGAAACUAAAUUUGAGGAGCUUUGCAAAGAGGGAACAAUGCCAAAAGGGCGUCCCUCACACCCAAAUGAAUAUAUGUGGUUGUUUGUACUUGUAAAUACUGUAUCGAAGAUUCAGUACCGCGAUGCAUUUUCAGGUUUAAGUCACAGAGGUGACAGGCCUGUAAUGACAUGCAUUACCACUGUUAUGUAUGAUACCUCUUGCGCAAGUGUAAAGAGGUGAAAAAAGCAACCAACAAAUGUAUAACAAUGCCUUUUUGUUUCUAA